AUGGGCAUGGACCAGCUUGCCAGGGAGCAUGUGACACCAGGUCUUUUUACGGUACCUGUGGUCAGUGGCCCUGAUCCCCGGCUCUGCCUUCUCUUCCUCCCCCCCACCCCCCACAGCCCGGAGGGGUGCCAUCCUCCUCAGUGAAAGUUUGAGUAUCUCAGCUUCCAAGGACCAAGGUUAGCAUUGCCUGGAUCUGGGAUACCACUCUGGAGCCAUCAUGGAAUACCAUCCAGAGGAAGUGCGCUGGCCCCAUGCGUGUGGAACUGAAGUGGUGCAGUGCAGAGCAGGGCCGUCCCCUUCUCUGGCUGGCAGGUGGACAUGCAGAUGAGGGUGACUGGGCCAGGGCGCCAGGGAGCCCAGGUCAUGACUGUGUGGUACCCCCAGGGGCCAAGCAGGGGCCAAGUCAGCUCUGUCCUGGUGGAGCCUGCCUUGAGGAAUGACAUCGGGAUCCUCUUCGACUCCUCAUCCCAGGAUACCCAGUCCUUGGGUCCUGUAUGGCCCUGCUGGACUCUAAGUCCCCACAGAGAUGGAGCCAGCUGGGUGCUGGGCUCUCGUUACCACAACUUCCGGAAUCGGCCAUACCCUUGCAAAGCACAGCUCGCCUACUGGGAGCAGCGGCCCCUGGAACAUAUGAGCAGCACAUAUAUGGAUCCUCCUCCCUACAACAGAAUCCUAACUGGCCCAAAGCACAUACCUGUGUCCUUGAACACUCCCAGAGACCUGGAUUUGGUGUGCAUUGGUGUGGGACCCCUGCUUUUGGCUCCUGGAAGUUUCUUUGGGGUCUCAGCAGCCACCAGAACCCUGGCCGAUGGCCAUGAUGUCUUGUCCUAUCUGACCUUCAAUCUGAAAGGUCCAGAGCCGGAAGGGCUACAGGCAAGGCUGGCCCUGGGCACCAGGGAAGACAGGAUUCCAAAGAUGAACUCCAAAGACCAGGAAGACGGUAGGGGCCCAGGGAGCAGGCAGGGGACUGACCUGGAGGAGACCCUGAACAGACACAAGAAGAUCCUGCAGGGUCUCUCUGACCACUUGGCCCAGGCUGAGAGGCAAUGGAAGAAGCCUGGAUCGCUAGGUCAGGCCAGGCCUGCAGGAGCCUGGGACUCUGCCAGGGUCAGCACGCUGUUUUGUGGACAGUAGUGGACUCUUCGCCAAAGCCUGUAUAAGAUGAGGGAUGCAGUAACCCACAUGGCUUCAAGAGCCCAGGUCUUCUACCUGCCUGUGGGCAUCAAGCAUCACUUAGAGCUGGCUCAGAUCCUGAGCCUCCUGCAGAAGAAAGCAGCAGCCAAGGAACCCUGACCAGCUGGCCAGCCCCCAGGGCUCUCGUGCCUACAGCCCAGCAUCUUCCUGUUCUUCCUCCUCACCUUCCUUUUUCUUCGUCUAUGUGCACUUCAAGUGGGCCUUCCUAUAGGCAGAACUUUCCACACCUACCUGGCUUGGUUCUGGGCAUAA